AUGAGUUUGAUUAACUUAUCGUUGGAUGAAAUUAUCGCGCGCCGAAGAGGAGUGGAUAAAAAAUCAAAUGGUUCCAUCAAUCGUUUCCGUAACAACAAAAAAAAAAGGGAUUUUGCUCCUGAAUAUACAAAUACAAGUUCAACAUUCACGAGACCGGAGGAUGUACCUUCGGGAAAAUGGGACCAUAGCGGAUUUGAGGAGAUGUACGGCAAUGGAUCUGGUGGUGUUUCAUCUCCACGUGUAGCACCAGAACAUGGUAGACGAUUCAACCGUGUUGAUUUAGCGAGAAAAGUGCGACUUCACAUCACAAAUCUAGCACCAACGGUCAAUUCAGCUGACCUCAGUGAACUUUUCGAGGAGUAUUCGAUUAUCUCAGCCAAUGUUAAUUACGAUGAAAUGGGGCAGUCGGUGGGUACAGCUGAUGUUGUGACUGAUCGAGUUACCGCUAGGGAAAUUAUUGCCAAUUUAGAUGGCGUUGCACUUGAUGGUGAGAUAAUGUCCUUCCACAUGAUUGGUGAUCAAGCCAUGCCAACUCGCCGUGAUGUUCGUGUUAAGAACCGUUUGAGUUUUCGAGGGGGUGUGAUUAAGAAGCGACAGCUACCUCCGAAGCGUAAGUUCGCAGGGACCAACGGUCGUCGUAAGAAUCAUCCAAAACGUUCGCAAAUGACGGACGAAGAACUAGAUCGAGAGCUGGAAGAGUAUAUGAAUAAACGCAGCAACCAAAAGCGAGAUGAACAGAAAAUGGAGAUAUGA